AUGAAGGCGUCGUCGCUUAGGACAAUUCUGUUGGAAUCGACUGCAUUCACCCGUCAUACCUAUCAUGAUGAUAAGACUACGCUUUGUACCUCAGCAACUAUGAUGGUCCCCUACGUUCGAAGAAAUCUACUAAACAUACCGGACAAAAUAAAAGGCUCCAUGGAUAUACUCGAGUCACUAUUCCAAACAAAAAACGCUGACUAUAAUGCGAAAAAAGAAGGAAAAGAAGACGAAGAAGCGGCAGACGAGGCAGAGUCGGGCAGCGAUGAAGCAGAAGCUGACGAACAAAAUGGAGAACCGCCGCCCAAACGAGUCAAAAGAGACUCCAAACCGCUUCUGGCUAAUCGAAGAAGCCGUCCAGAACGUGGAAAAUUCACAAUUCUCGACGGUACGUCGGUAGCUGAACCAGAUGAAAUACUGGACAUUGACUUUAACGCCGACUUACUCCAGAGGAUAUUCCGCGAUUCUAGAGUAGGCAUCCAAUUCUUAGCGCGAUAUGGAAUAAUACCAAAUACAAGGGAGUGCAAAAUCGAAAGUUGCCCCAAGGAACAGCUGAUGAGCUUAAUAAAACAUGCGAAUGGAUUCGUGUGGCGGUGUCGUUCUUGCAGAAAACGGCGGGAACGUCGUGUUAUAACAAAGAUUUCCGUCUAUGAGGGUACUUUCCUGUUCUUUUCUCGAAUGCCGAUGAAUAAGUUCUUCAUCUUCAUGCUUGUGUGGUGUGAGAAUGCCGGCUACACCGCCUCCGAAUACAACCGUCUACUCGGGGAAUUCCGUUUAGUAGAAGAGACUAUCCACAACACCAUCGGCUUUAUUCGCGAUCACAUCCAAAGCUGGUGUCUUCUACGAUCCUCUCUGCAUCCAAUUGGUGGAAAAGGCCUUAUUGUUGAACUUCUCGAAACAUUGCACACCGAAGAUGUCUCUGCCAAGCAUCGCAGUCGCCGUGAACGUCGUUUUACCAUGAGAUUAGUAUUAAUCUGCUGGCAAACCGACGAGAUAGUAACCGUUGAACUUCCUGACCGACAGUUCUUGCCAAGUACACUCGUCAAAGCAGUAGAAAACAAUGUAAAGCAAGGUUCGACAAUUGUUAUGCGCGAUCUACUUAUGAAAAGAUUCGGAGAAAAAGAGGAGCUGGACGAAAUGCUUGAAAACCAUACGCUAAAAACGAUAGCUGACGUGUGGUGUGAUAUGGAUGAAGAGGAACGGGACAAGCAAUUCAUGAAAACUCUCAUGGAGUCAGUUCAACCGUUGCCAGCCGAACCAUUUGCCUACGAAUACUACUUCCGUAGGACAUUCAUCGACAAACCGUUCAACAACCUGCUCAAAGCGAUUCGUGAGCUUUAUAGCGCUCAUCACGUCACACAGUCUGACCUUGCGGGCUUGUAG